AUGUUACGUAAACUGGUCCCGCAGAUCAUUCAGCUACUGAAGGAUUUCUUAAUUGUUCCUCUCUCUCUCCCUCUCUCUCUCUCUCUCUCUCUCUCUCUCUCUCUCCAUCUAUCUAUCUAUAUUACGCAUUUUAUCUCUCUUUCUCUCGCUCCCUAUCUUUCUUUAUCUAAUUCUUUCUCUCUUUUUCUUCGCUUUCUUUCUUUCUCUCUCUCUCUCCGCUUUCUUUCUUUCUUUUCCUCUCUUUUCCUUUCUUUCCUUUUCUCUUACUCGUUCUUUUUUGUCAUCUCCUCCUUUCUCACGCUCUUUCUUUCUCGCUUUCGUUCUUUCUCUCUUUCUUGCUCUUCAUCUUUCUUCUCACUCUCUUUUCUCUCUCUCUCUCUCUCUCUUCAUCUUUCUUCUCAUUCUCUUUUCUCUCUCUCUCUCUCUUCAUCUUUCUUCUCAUUCUCUUUUCUCUCUCUCUCUUCAUCUUUCUUCUCAUUCUCUUUUCUCUCUCUCUCUCUUCAUCUUUCUUCUCAUUCUCUUUUCUCUCUCUCUCUUCAUCUUUCUUCUCAUUCUCUUUUCUCUCUCUCUCUCCAUCUUUCUUCUCACUCUCUUUUCUCUCUCUCUCUUCAUCUUUCUUCUCACUUUAGCCUUUUCAUCAUUUCUUGGUUUUCUCAUCCGUCUAUUUUCUCCUUUUCCAUUUUCGACUCAAGCUUUUUUCUCUCGAUGUAUUUAGCGUCUCUGUCACUUUUCCGUCCCACCCUUUCCUUUCUUUCCAAUGUUGACUUUCUAUUCUUAAAAUGA